AUGGCGGCUGUAGUAUCAGUCAAGAAGGAGAUGAGGAAGAAAAUCAAGACCGUCUUGAAAGAUGUGUCAGAUGCCGCGGCUGCUUUACAGACUACCCAAGCCACCAAAGCUCUGCUUGCCCUACCAGAAUACAAAACAGCACGACGAAUAAGUGUGUACUUGUCUAUGCCUACUGGUGAAAUCAACACAUCCAACAUCGUACGCGAUGCUCUCGAUCAAGGGAAAAAGGUUUUUAUUCCCUACACGUACAAUCUGGACGAACCCGUGGAUGGUCAACCGAAGUCAAUCAUGGACAUGGUUGAGCUGUCUUCCGUGAAGGAUUUCGAGUCACUCGAGGCAGAUAAAUGGGGUAUCCCCACACCAAGCAAGGACUCGGUCUCGUCACGUGCAAACUGUUUUGGCACCACCGGCAUUACGGGCGGCGAGACUCGGGACAUCACUGACGGCUUGGAUCUGAUCGUAAUGCCCGGCAUGGCAUUCGAUUCGAGUUUCGGUCGCCUCGGUCAUGGCAAAGGAUUCUAUGACUUCUUCUUGAGUCGAUGUCACCAAGCGUUGCGCAUGCCUUUUCGCGUUGGGCUGUCUUUGACCGAGCAGCUGCUUCCGCCAAACGCGUCAGUCCCUAUGGACCAGUCCGAUUUUCGCCUCGACGCCUUGAUAACUGGUGACGGCGAGCUUCGCCGCGCCUGA